AUGAUAUAUUAAAAGCCACAACAUUUUGUUCAAAAAAAAAGUGAGAAACAUUAAAAGUUGAUUAAUUUAAAGGAAAAGAGACAGAAUGCUUAAGUUCUAAUAUUUUUUUAUAUAAUCUAGUAUAAUGUAGUUAUGGAUUUACGGUUUCAAUUUAUUACUAAGGGCAAUUCAUGAAGUAAUUGAUGGAGCAAACUGA